UCCAGUCUUCCUCAUACUUGAGUACCCUGAAGUAUUCCCCUUCUAAACCUCUGGAAGCAGUCACAAUAGAAGUAGCAGAGGGAGGUGCCAUAGUAACCACGGGGCUGCCUUUCUAUCCUCCAGUUCUUGGAGGACUGCCAGUAGCCACCUGUGCAAGGCUGCAGGUGGCCUGAGCUGUAGUGCCUUCGAAGUCUGAGGACUAAGCUGGUCCUGUUCCCCGAGGAAGCUCAUUCUCAACACUUCCUCAGUGAAGUCAAACGAGAAGAAAGGAAACGUCUUCAUUUUCUCACUCACUGCCCCGUCUUUCCUGGUGGGGAGGAGCCCCAGGUUUAAUGGGGACUGUGACAAGCUCAGCACUCAUAUUGGCUCUUGGUUCUUUGCCUACAGAGCUGGCCCGGGAGCUGCAGUUCACUGUGGAAGACAUCAACCGGAUCCGUGUAGAAAACCCCAACUCCUUGUUGGAGCAGAGUGCGGCCUUGCUGACCCUCUGGGUGGCCCGUGAAGGCGAAAAUGCAAAGUUGGAGAAUCUGUACACGGCCCUGCGGAACAUCGACAGAAGCGAGAUCGUUAACAUGCUGGAGGGCUCCGGCAGGCAGAGCCGCAACCUCAAACCAGACCGGCGGCAUGGAGACCGGGACUAUUCAUUAUCACCCUCCCAGAUGAAUGGUUACUCCUCGCUGCAGGACGAGCUGCUGUCCCCUGCCUCCCUGCACUACGCACUUCCCUCUCCGCUGUGUGCAGACCAGUACUGGAACGAAGUGGCUGUCAUAGACGCCAUCCCCCUGGCGGCCACGGAGCAUGACACCAUGCUGGAGAUGUCUGACAUGCAGGUGUGGUCUGCGGGCCUCACCCCGUCCCUGGUCACUGCUGAGGACUCCUCCCUGGAGUGCAGCAAGGCCGAGGACUCUGACGCCACGCAAGAGUGGAAGUUGGAGGGGGCACUCUCAGAGGAACCGCAGGGCCCGGAGCUGGGCUCUCAGGAGCUGGUGGAGGACGACACAGUGGAUUCAGAUGCCACAAAUGGCCUGGCUGAUUUGCUAGGUCAGGAGGAAGGUCAGAGGUCAGAAAAGAAGAGGCAGGAGGUCUCAGGCACAGAGCAGGACACAGAGACUGAAGUGUCUCUUGUUUCAGGCCAGCAGCGAGUUCACGCCCGAAUCACAGACUCACCCUCAGUGAGGCAGGUGCUGGACAGAAGCCAGGCCAGAACCCUGGACUGGGAUACACAGGGCUCCACGGCGCCCCAUCCGCAAGAAGCUGCACAAACUUCCUGGCAAGAGGAGGUCACACAAGGCUCACACUCAGUCCAGAGAAAGAUCACCACCACCCAAGGGCUGGAGCCCGGUGCGCUUCAGGAAUAUGAGCAGGUGUCUACAAGAGAGCAUGUGCAGAGGGGGCCACCCGAGACCGACAGCCCCCAGGCUGCCAAGGAGCCAAGCCUGUGGGCAUCUGAGAGCACCUUCUCUCAGAAAGGACAGGGGGAUGAGCUCCAGAAUAUUCCAGGAGAGCAGGUGACGGAGGAACAAUUCACAGACGAACAGGGCAACAUUGUCACCAAGAAGAUCAUUCGCAAAGUCGUUCGGCAGGUAGACUCCUCCGGUGCCAUCGACACCCAGCAGCACGAGGAGGUGAUUGUUGAGGGGCCCCUAGUGGACCCUGGGGAUCUGGAAGCUGAUAUUGAGUCCUUUAGGAAACUUACUAAGGAUCACACCUCAACACCCAAACCCUGAACUCCACACACUCUGUCAUGCACACAGAAGGAGACCUGGAGCAGAGGGCUACUGGAGGGUCGCACGUGUCCUAAGAUCCCGGCAUGACCUCUGUAAGGGGCUCCCUUUAGUCUCACAUUCGCAUGAACGACAGCUAUAGACGCAUGACCUACAGACUUCAGUCCUGCCUCUAGCGACUACGGAUCUCUGUGGGAAUCAGGACAAAGGAGAGGAGUGAGGGAGAGCGAGCAAGCCCCCAAAGAGCACAUGGGUGCAGACACGAAUAAGGGCUCUACUGUGGCUGGGAUGGUUGGUUAAAGUUUGUUUGCUUUUUUCUGUUGUUCUGUUUUGAUUUUGACUUCGACCUCAUUUGUAAGAAGCUCACAAGAUCAUUCUGGAAGGGGGAAACUGGAAACUGGGUGUGGAAUCAGUUUAGCACCAUCACCCCACAUUUCUCGUGUGCCAGCCUUCCACACCUGCACACACCACAUGCCACUUGUAACCCCCCCCCCCCCACACACACACCACACUUCCCGCUGAAGGGACUGCUCUUCCCAGAAUGACACAACACGGGUGCACAUGUGCAGGCCUCCCCCUCACUCAUCCACACUGGUUUUACUGUGUCCUCUGAAGCUGUAUGGAUAAACUGGAUAUAUAUUUUUUUU